CUGCUCUCCCUCUUCUUCCCUCCCUCUUCCUCUUUCUCCUCAUUCUCCAUCGCAUCCUCCCCCGAUCCACCUCCCCGACGGACCUUGUCCCCGCUUCUCCACCAUGGUGUUGAUCGAUAAACACAGUUACCUGUCCCAGGAGGAGCGUCGCUUGAAGGAAGACAAGGAACGCCAUCGCUAUUGGAAAAAAUGGGGGCCUUACGUUGCCGAGCGACAAUGGGCAACGGUCCGUGAGGAUUAUUCCGAGAAUGGAGACGCUUGGAGCUAUUUCUCGCACGACCACGCUCGUUCACGGGCCUAUCGCUGGGGCGAAGAUGGCAUUGCCGGCGUUUCCGAUACCCAUAAUCUGCAGAAUAUAGCAUUUUCGUUUUGGAACGGGAAGGAUGACUUUUUGAAGGAACGCCUGUUCGGCUUGUCGAACCCUCAAGGCAACCAUGGCGAGAGUGUCAAGGAAGCACAUUUCCAUCUUGACAACACUCCGACGCAUUCCUACAUGAAAUUCCUCUACAAAUACCCCCAGAACAAGUUCCCUUACCAGGAUCUUGUGGAUGAGAAUGCUCGUCGCGGAAGAUUAGAGCGUGAGUAUCAGAUUCUCGACACCGGCGCGUUCGCCGAAGACCGCUACUGGGAUAUAUUUAUUGAAACCGCUAAGGAGGAGGAUAACGAGGAGGAACUCCUGUUUCGCAUCAUUGCCUACAAUCGAGGUCCAGACCCGGCCCAUCUGCACAUCAUUCCGCAAGUGUGGUUCCGGAACACCUGGGCUUGGGGCUACGAGGAUCAAUCCCUCAAGCCGUCCAUCGAGAAGGUGUCUCCACUCACGGCGAAAUCAACCCAUUACAAGCUAGGAGAGAGAUACACGCGCUUCUCUCCUUCGCCGUCGCCUGAUCCUACUCAGGAUGAUAUCCUGCCUCGUAUGCUGUUCACGGAAAAUGAGACAAACAACGAGCUGCUUUGGGACACCAAGAAUGAUCAGCCGUACGUGAAGGAUGCCUUCCAUCGUCAUAUCGUCAACGGGGAGGAUGGUGCGGUGAAUCCGGCGCAGAAGGGCUCGAAGCUCGCAGCUUGGUAUGCUUUUGAUGAAGGCGAGGGCAUCCCUCCGGGUGAAUGCGCUGUUGUUCGUUUUAGAUUCUCCAAAACAACUGCACCUUUCAUCGAUGAAGCCGUGCUGGAUGAUGUGAUUGAUCAACGCAAAUCAGAGGCCGACGAUUUCUACUAUCAUAUUAGCCCCUUGCCCAUGAGUGACGACCUACGGAACAUUCAAAGACAGGCAUUUUCGGGAAUGAUGUGGACGAAGCAGUUCUAUCAUUUCGUUUGGGACCAGUGGGCAAAUGGUGAUCCGGCCAUGGUGCCGCCGCCGCCGGGUCGAAAGCAUGUUCGCAACCAGCAGUGGAAACACUUGUAUAUGGAUGAUAUCCUCUCUAUGCCGGAUUCAUGGGAGUAUCCCUUUUUCGCUGCCUGGGACACAGCGUUCCAUUGCAUUCCGCUGGCGAUGAUCGACCCGGAGUUCGCGAAGAAGCAGCUGGAUCUCCUGACUCGCGAAUGGUACAUGCAUCCUAAUGGGCAGCUUGCAGCGUAUGAGUGGAACUUUGGCGACGUAAAUCCUCCGGUCCAUGCCUGGGCCACGUUCCGAGUGUUUAAGAUCGAGCGGAAAAUGUACGGACGUCAGGACCUUGACUUCCUGGAGCGAGUUUUCCAAAAGCUCCUCCUGAAUUUCACCUGGUGGGUCAAUCGCAAGGACGGCGAUGGCAAGAAUGUGUUCGAGGGAGGCUUUCUUGGGCUAGAUAACAUCGGUCUCUUCAAUCGAUCCGAACCGCUGCCAACGGGUGGUGUCUUGGAACAGGCAGACAGUACUGGUUGGAUGGCCUUCUACAGUCUAACCAUGCUCAACAUUGCCCUGGAACUUGCUAAGCAUCGGAGGAUUUACGAAGACAUCGCUUCCAAAUUCUUUGAACACUUCAUCCUGAUCAGCGACGCUAUGACGUUCAGGUCGGGAGGACAAGAGACCUCUCUAUGGAACGAGGAGGACGGCUUCUACUACGACGCCAUUUCGUACGGCGAGCCAUGGACCCAGCAGCUCCCUGUGCGGUCCCUCGUCGGCCUGAUCCCUUUGUAUGCGGUUCUCACACUUGAACCGGAACUAAUCAAGAAGUUUCCCUCGUUUAAGAGACGGUUGGAUUGGUUUGUUGAGAAUAGACAAGAUGUGGCAGAGCGAAACAUCGCCAGUAUGAAGCGUCGUGGCAAGGACGAGCGACUACUGUUAUCUCUGGUAAGCAGAGAUCGUCUAGAGAAAAUCCUCAAGAGGAUGCUCGAUGAGACUGAGUUCCUCUCAAAGCAUGGCAUUCGAUCCAUGUCCAAACACCAUGAGAAGAACCCAUACUCUAUGGCUGUCAAUGGCCAGGAGUUCCGUGUCAACUAUGUCCCUGGCGACUCAGACAGUGCUCUCUUUGGCGGCAACAGUAACUGGCGCGGCCCCGUCUGGCUGUGCGUGAAUUUCCUGCUGGUUGAGUCGCUGCUACGCUUUUACAUGUUCUACGGCGACUCCUUCCAGAUAGAAUGUCCCACUGGUUCUGGAGAUUACAUGCAUCUAGGGCAGGUAGCAGAGGAAAUCCAGCACCGAAUGCAACAUCUGUUUGCUCGGAACGACGAAGGACGCCGUGCAGUCCACAACAAUUCUGACCUGCUCGAUUUCGACGAGAACUGGAAAGACUACAUGUGGUUCCAUGAGUUCUUCGACGGAGAUACCGGUCGAGGUCUCGGAUCCUCUCACCAAUGCGGGUGGACAGGUCUCAUCGCCAAAGUCAUCCAUGACACCGGAAUCAACUGCCGUCUCCCACAAACCCCUCGCUCCCCCUUUGCCGCCGCAACCCAUUAUUUUGACGAUAUCUUCACCCGGUCCGCUCGCCCCCGCGGCAGCCGACGACCCAGCGUCCGCCGCUCUUCUACCAGCCGCUCCAUCGGCAACAGAAGCGACUUCGAGUCGACCUUCACGGGUGGUGAAACGCCCGCUCCCGAGAGCGCCGUCGACGAAGAUGACCACGAGCACAGGGACCGCGACUUGGACCCCCAUGUCUCCAGCUACGUCGAGAGCCAGUUGCAACGGAUCCGUAGUCAAACGUCUAUUGCCAGCUACGAGGAUGAGCUUGAGACGCAGGCGGAUCGCACGCCGAAUGGGCACUAAGAUAACAUCAGUACUUGUGAUGGGGACUUGGUAAUUUCAGUCUAUCUUCUUUUACCUUUUUUUGUAUCUCCUUGUUUAGAGUUGCUCUUUUGGUACAGUCUGAUUGGAUGUCAUGUUCUAUUUUGCGUUCGAAUAUAGCCAUGGAUUGAGUUAUUUGGCUUGGAUUUAGCUUGUCUAUACUCCUACCAUACAACACAUAUCAGCCUUCUAUCUGCACUCAAGUCGUGAAAUUCAAGCAUCCAAACCC